AAGGAUUAGACGGUGUCGAAGUAACGACUUUCUCAUUGCUGGUUUUGGGAAUAUUGAAGAAGAGGUCAAUGUGAGUUUAGAAAAGAAUGAACGGGUGUUUUUCGAAAAAUGUCGAGAAUGGAACUUAAAGUUGAACAAGAGCAAGCUAAAGCGAGCACAGUCGUCAGUGGCGUUCAUGGGGCAUCUCCUCACAUCCGAAGGGCUAAAGCCAGAUCCGGCCAAAGUAGAAGCUAUUCUUGAAAUGCCCUCUCCAACUGAUGUCAAAGGUGUAAAGUGUUUUCUAGGGAUGGUCAACUACCUCGCCAAAUUCCUACCAUUGUUAUCGGACAUGACUCAACCACUACGAAAGCUCGAAGACAAGGAUUUUGAGUGGUGUUGGCUAGAGCAACACGAAAAAGCAUUUAAAACAGUAAAGGACUACCUUGCGAAAACCGCAGUACUUGCUUAUUACGACGUCACUAAAGAGGUAACAAUACAGUGUGACGCCAGUGAAACCGGACUUGGCGCCGUGUUGUUGCAAGAAGACCAGCCAAUUGCGUAUGCCUCAAGAGCGCUGACGGAGACACAAACCAGGUAUGCCCGAAUUGAAAAGGAAUUGUUGGCAAUCGUUUGGGCCACCAACAAAUUUGAUCAAUACAUCCUUGGUCGCGAGAUUGUACACAUUGAAUCAGACCAUCAACCACUGAAAGCAGUUUUCGCAAAGCCUAUCCACAAAUCGCCUAAAAGAUUGCAAAGAAUGUUAAUGGCCCUACAGAAUUACACGCUGGAAAUUCAUUACAAGAAAGGAACAUUAAUGUAG